UGACACUUCGGGUACCGGACGUAGCGGCGAACACGAGGGUCACCGACGCACUCUCUGGCGGUUUCCUCUGUCGUCACGUGACGCCCUGGGCCAAUCGCCGGCCACGAGGCCGGUCAUGUGGCGCGAGCGCUCGGCUUCUUCCGAGUUAGCUGAACGAUGCAGCUAUGUCCCGGAAAACUCUGAUCAUCGCAGACGAUGAUGACAACGAAGCGGACACGAACCCGUUUUCGUUCCGGCAGUUCCUGCGCGCCAAAACUCGGGAUCCGGAUGAGGACUGUGCUCAGGUUCAAGAACACGGAGAAGAAGCUGCAGCCCGGGUGCAGGGGCGGGACCUCUGCCAGCAGGAAACGACCAGUUCUUUCGUGCCGGUUGAUGAAGAAUCAGAAGCGCCAACGUCAUGUGGGCAGAUCCUGCAGGUGACCCCGCCCCCGACACACCCUGCCCAGACUGUGUGCACCUGUUCAUGUGUGUGUGUCUGUGAGAAGCUGCAGCAGGAAAACAGGAUACUGAAAGGCAUCAUCACAGAUCUUCAAACUAAAUUACACAAGGAAGAGCAAAGGGCCGAGAGGCUGUCUCGACAGCUGUCCGAGCGGCAGCGGCGGGAGGAGAAGGAAGCUGGAGUUCUGGAGGACGUGGUCCAGUCCGUGGAGCAGAACCUGGAGCAGAUGACGAAACGAGCAAAGAAAUCUGAAAGUCAUGUGACCAAACUGAAGAGCGAGGUUACGCAGCUGCAGAUUCAGGUUCAGUCUCUGCAGUUGGACAAUGAGCGACUAAAGGCCUCGCACUCUGAUGUUGUCAUGGCAAUGAAACACAAUACACACCUGGCCUCGGAGUACCUGAACAAGACUGUGAGCCACGCCCACUCAUCGCUAAGGCGGCUGCAGGAUGAAACAGAGACGUUACAUCUGAUCUCACAGCUGCUGCAAUCCAUUGACCGCAUCUCUGAGUUGAAUCCUCCCACACAUGCUCAACACACACACACAGCCUGAACACACUUAGACACACACUACAGGAGCCAGUUGUCAUGGAAAACACAAACUGUUCUGUGACUGAUGGGAAUGUUCUUUUUAAUAAAACUUUUAAUAAAGGUGU